AUGGAUUUCGUGUUCCCCGUCGAGACCGGCUCCCAAAAGGCCUUUAUUGGCCUGGCCGUGGUCUUUACCUUGAUCGCCACGGUAUCGGUUGGGCUGAGGCUCUUGGCCCGUCGGAUCAACCAGAGGUCGCUGGGCUUGGACGACUACUUGGUGCUGUCUUCAUGGGUGCUUCUUAUUGGGUAUCAGGGGAUUAACAUCUCAGCCGUUGUAUACGGUGGAAUGGGCUUCCAUGCCAAGGAUAUUGAAAGCAGAUUCGGCAUCGUGCCAGGUGAAUCAAGGUUCAUGAAGUACUUUCUCGCCAUGUCGAUAAUCUGGUGCGGCAACCUUGCCCUCACCAAGGUCGCCAUCCUUGCUCUGUACUGCAAGAUCUUUACCAUGCGGCCAUUCAUCAUUGCCGCCCGCUGCGCCACUGCUCUGGUCAUUUCAUGCACGACCAUCAUGGCCAUUGGAUCCUUGACCAUCUGCCGCCCCCUCGACUUUUUCUGGGACAGAACCCUCGCCGACGGCUACUGCGGCGACAUCUCUGCGCUGUGGAUCUCGACGGCCUCCAUCAGCCUGACGACCGACUUUAUCGUGCUCCUCCUCCCGAUGCCGCACCUGUACAGCCUCGAGAUCAAGCGGCCUCUGAAGCUCGCCCUCUUUGGCGCCUUUAGCCUGGGUGUUGUCACCUGCGUCAUCGGCGCCGUCCGCCUCUACAUGCUCGUAAACUACGACCCGUCGGACCCGACCUACAACGCGCUGCCCAUGAUGCUGCUGGGCUUCGUCGAGCCGGCCAUGGGCAUCACGCUGGGCUGCGUGCCCGUGCUGCGCCCCCUGCUCGACCGCCGCCACUCCCAGGAGCGCGUCCGCACCUCCAAGCUCAUCCCCCUCUCGUCCUACGCCGCCUCCACCGCCGGCGUCCAGUCCCGCGCCAGCAGGUACCACCAGACCAUCGGCGGCUCCGAGCCCCAGCCCUACCCGCCCUGCGGCAUCACCGUCGAGAAGUCCUGGGACGUCUACAACUCUGCGCCCACGCCGACCAAGGAGACGUACUGA